ACGCUACUUACGAACGCUGAGUUGUUAGCUUCCCCCGACCAAAUUACCUUAAUUGACUCGUUAAUAGUGUCCACCUCCACCGUAUUAGUACAUCACUGCCUUAAAUAACUCUUCAUCUUGGGGGGAGGUCCUUGAUGCUGGUGAGAGGCUCUUGAUCCAAGGAAUUGAACUUUGCUCCCCUUUCUUGGAUCUAAUUCCAUUGCUUCCCAUUCCCCAGGUGUUGUAGUAGCCCUACAGGUUUAGUGCUUCCCCUCUGUGGAAGAAAAGUGGAAAAUAUUUCCUGCAGGUGACAAAACAUCACAAUGUUGGACAUUCGACCAAAUCAUACAAUAUAUGUAAACAACCUCAAUGAAAAAGUUAAAAAAGAAGAAUUAAAGAGAUCUCUCUAUGCAAUAUUCUCUCAAUUUGGUCAAAUUCUUGAUAUCGUCGCAUUGAAAACUCUGAAAAUGCGAGGCCAGGCCUUCGUCAUCUUCAAGGAAAUUCAGAGUGCCACAAAUGCCAUGAGAGCCAUGCAAGGUUUCCCAUUCUAUGAUAAGCCAAUGAAAAUUGCCUAUUCCAAGACAGAUUCUGACUUGAUAGCAAAACAGAAGGGCACAUAUAAAGAGCGGGGAAGCAAACGAAAAGAGGAGGAGAAGAAGAAGAAAAAAGGAAAAGAGCCCAAGGGAACAUCAGCAGCACCUGCCACAGGAGCAGCCAGUGUUGCAGCCAAAGCAGGAGCAACUGUUGUACCCCCACGGCCAAAUCUCUUCAACCAGCCACCCCCUGUUCAUGGUGGUAGUGGAAUUGGUGUACCAGAACAACCUCCCAACCAGAUUCUUUUCCUGACAAAUCUUCCAGAUGAAACCUCUGAAAUGAUGUUGUCCAUGCUUUUCACACAGUUUCCUGGCUUUAAGGAAGUACGUCUUGUCCCUGGCCGGCACGAUAUUGCCUUUGUUGAGUUUGAGAAUGAAAUGCAGUCUGCAGCAGCAAAAGAUGCUUUGCAAGGUUUCAAGAUUACACCAACUCAUUCCAUGAAAAUUGCUUUUGCAAAGAAGUGAGGUGAAUGUAGCUAUGUUUAUUUGGCAUGCAUUGAAAUAUUAUCUUGCACCUGGGUGAAAUUAACAUUAUCAAAAUGGCUCCAAUUUUCAGGAUAUUUAUAUACUAUGACUAGAAAUUUGAUGGUUUGGUAAUGUAUUAUUUGAAUUACAAACUGUGUUGUACCUGAAAAUGUCAUUUGCUGUAUGAUCAUAUGGAAUGACAAACUUAUGAAAAUGGAGAGUGCCAGCAGACAUAUUUGUUUCUAUUGUAAUUAAAAACUUUUAUGAUCAGGGAUGAUAAUUUUACACUUCUAAGUGUAUGUUUGUAAUCCAGAUUUCUUUGCUUAUACAAACACACACAAAAAUAUGCUUUAAACAUCAUCCCUAAUGUGACGUUACAUCUGAUAUUUAGAAAAUACUUAUUACCGAUUAACAAGUCACUAAUUUUUUAUAGUGUAUUGAUAAUAAAGCAGAAUACUUUGGAAAA